UACAUAUUGUAUAGUUGCUUUAGUAAUCCUGGUCGAUCCAUCCUCCGCUUGAUCGCGAGAAUGCUGGAUCAACUUACGGCAUAUAUUUUCGCCUGUUUUACUUAUGUUAUCAACACAAUACAAUGGGCUGAUAAUCACUCGACUUUUGACAAUGUAUAGGCCGGUUGUUCAUGAUAACUAAAGGAGAAGGAGAAGGAGAAUCGAGAAGGAUUUACGAGACUAUCCUGACCCAUAGGCUAGUUAUCAUCUCUAUACCCUCAGGUGAAGGAAAUGUUUCUCGCGUAUCUGCAAUGCUUCCUUCGCCCAUGGCAAAGUCUUCCGGUUUGCGUCCGCCGUAUGAUCCUUUUGGGGUAUGAUCUUGAGUUUACUGCGCCUUCGACUAGAAGGUUGGCAACGUGUAAGCAGCCGACCAUAUUGAUGCCUGAAAUUGCUUCGUUGAAUUGCAUUCAUACCCCGGCGCCGCAACACCGCUCACAGCUUUGAAGUUGGAGAUGCAACUUAAUAGCUAGGAUCCUUAUGUUACCUUAGUCCUGUUAAUAUCAGCCAG